AUGCAUUUCCUUGUGACGCCACGCCUGCCCCCACUCCUGACCAGUUCUGUUGCCGAGGCCAGUUCUGUCGACGAGAUGCCAGCUGAGAAGCCCUACGACAAACUCGAAGCAGCCAUUAAUUCAGCCAACAGGGACCACGGGUUGAAAGCAGGCGCGAGUGCAACACCAGCUGACUGUCCGGUGAAGAAGUGGCCAAUGUGA